AUGUAUUGGGAAUCAUCAUCAUCAGCCCCUUUUUCGCGGUCUUUUCUUCUGAAGAGGUCUCCAUUCAAGAAGCCAUCGAUUCCUGUCUACGCGCUCUAUGUGAUAUGCCAAGCAUUGCAAGUUCCAUCGCUUGCUGCGCGACUCAAGCUCUCCGCCGUGCGUGUUUUGGUGUCGGCUUCAUUCGACAGGCAGGAUGCACUGAUUUUGAGUGCUAUUAAGAGGGGUUACCUCUUCAUUCGCUCCAAAAAGCUGCCCAUUCUUGCGAAAUACGUCCCUCGACUUCAGAUUGACUUUCACAUCCCACUGAAACUUUGUGCCCAAGAUAUAGUGUCCUACGAUAUCUAG